AUGUUAGAUCAAGUAACAUUGAUAGAAUCAGAACAAGACUGGGAAUCAGACAGAACUAAAACUACAUUUUAUAAUAAUCUCUCACUGGCUGUAGAAGCAGAUGUGAAUAUCCGGUGUGAGGGUGAUCGAAUCCACAACCUUCCAUUGAAGAAAUAUGUUACGAAAAUGAAUAAGCUCAACUAUGGUGUCUCUAUGAAUGACAAUCAAGUAUUAGUCGACUGGGCGAAAGAAGUGCAAAUCCGCGACCUUUCAAUCAUUCAAGAAAAAGCAAGAAGGUUUGCUCUGGAGUUAGGUUACAGUGACUUAAAGGCAGCGGACGGAUGGUUGAGAAAAUGGACGGGACGGUAUUCUGUAAAGAAAUUUGAAAUUUCUGGAGAAAGUGCUGGUGUCAGAAUUGAAGAUGUUGGUGGAUUUAAAGCGCGUAUUCAAGAGUUUAUUGGAGAUUAUGAUAUGAAAGACGAGUUCAGUUGUGACGAAACUGGCCUUUACUACAGGGCCCUUCCAGACAAAACUCUAUCAGUCAGAGGGUCAUCGACAAAAGGAACUAAAGUGUCAAAGGAACGAAUAACAGUGAUGUUUACUUGUAGCACAGUUGGUGAAAAACUUGAACCGUUAGUUAUACGGAAAUUUGAGACCCCAAGAUGUUAUAAGAAGAAGCUAGGUGUAAAGUACGUGGCAAACAAAAAAGCAUGGAUGAACAAUCAAGUGUUCAAAACAUGGAUAGAGGAACUAAAUUCAAAAGGAACAAAGAUUUUACUGAUGCAGGAUAAUGCCACUUCACAUGGAAAGGAUGAUGACAACUGGCUAUCUAAUGCGUUAAGUUUCUACCAGCGAACACAACGUCACACUUACAACCAUUGGACCAGGGCAUAA